UGUUAUUAUGAUGUCGAAAUCUGAAAAUUCGGUAUUUUCUGAUGCUAAUCAAUUGUCUAAAAAUAAUACUGGAACAUUCACAGGGCAACAUGCAACACCCGAUUUUCUCUUUGGUUCUCGUAACAGACGUCGAAGUUUAAUUGCAUCUUUUGAUAGUGGUACUCCAGAGAAUCGACCAUUUGAACAUGAUAUGCUUAGCGUAGCCUCGAGAAGUUCUCAAAGCAGUAACAAAAGUGUCCAUUGGUCACCAACAUUGACACAAACGAGAAGUAUUGCUUCCAGUGGCACAUGUGAAGAUUUUUCCAUGGAUACUGAUCUGGAUAAUUCAUCCUUAGGACCAGAUAUUUCAACUGAUCCUCCUCUUCGUUCUAUGAGGGAAGAACUACUACUUCCGCAACAGAUGUCCAAGGAUUCAAAUUCCACAACUACGAGUCUGUCAAGCCUUCAAACGUUGGACCUUCAAACGCAACAAGAAAUUGCUGCACAUUGGGUUACUGUGUUUGGUUUCUCUCGAGAAGAUGCAGCAUAUAUCCUUAAAUUAUUUGCACGACAUGGCACAAUUGUUACUCAUCGGUUUCCUAAAGAUGGUAAUUGGAUAUUUCUACGUUAUGCUUCUCCUGUUCACGCCCAGCAAGCUCUUUCUCGAAAUGGUCAAAUCAUAGAUGGUCGGUUGCGCCUAGGAGUAGUUCCAGUUGAUAAUAAAGAGGUGAUGAAUUUAGAGGAUGACGAUUACAACUCAUUUUUACAAGCAGAUAAUGAAAAUAGUGUCCUGUUCAACCGUAAUAGUCGUAGCAUGUCAACUUUGAUGGAAUAUUCCUCUUUAAAUGGAAUUGGCCCGUUAGCUUCUCCAAAUUCAGCCUCACAUCCUCUAGAUACAAGUUUUAAUACUUCAUUAAUUGCGUCAUCUGUCCGUCCAGGAAUUCGUUCUCUACGUGCUUCUUUCAAUGCAAUAGAUAAUUAUUACCGGGUUGACGAGGAAACGGAACCGACGAAGUCUUACGGGUUGUGGGAUAAAUUAUGGAGUUUUGUUGCAUAA